CCCGCCAAUAAUAAGUAUUGCGUUUCAUUUCAAGGACAGUUUUUCCUGAUGAUUCGCUUGUUAAGACAGAGUACUGCUUUUAGUUUGUUUACUAAGCAGUAUGGGUAUGUGUCGAAAACACCAUGUCGAUGCUUUUUACCUGCCAACUACACGGCUACCGAUUUAUGGGAUGUUCGUUUGUCACAUGAUAUUUUCAAAGGUGUUUCACCGCGUGACCUUGGAAUAAAGCUACUACAAAUCAUUAACUCCGGGCAGGACGUUUCACCUAUUGAAUAUGAUACAUUUGCAAACAGGACACAUGAACUUGACAUAACAUUUUUAGAUUUCAUUGAAAAUGUAAUGAAAAGUUUCAUGAAUACUCAGUCAGCAGUCAAGUUGAGAGACUCAACUCCCCAUGCAUUUAUCCGAACUUAUAUGAGCUUUCAAGAAGAGGAUAGGUUGUUAAAAUUAAUUGAAGAAAGGUCAAAAACAGGAAUUUUCGUUGAUUUUGUAUCAGCUGUCCUUUUGAUGGACUCAUUUUCUAAGAAAGGCCAAUGGAAUUGUGCAGUUGCAGUUGCUUGGGAACUAUGUCUUCAGGAGUAUUUUGCACUGGAAGAUUUCAAGCCUCUUGUGUUUGCUGCAUCACUUUUGAGUUGUGUAAAGUCGAUAGAAAAUGAUUCCUAUGUUGAUGUUGAUAUACCAGAAAAAGCAGUAGACGACAAAGAGAUUGAAUACAAAUUUGUCCCGUAUAUCAGAAAUCCAAACUAUGACAACUUUUUUGAUAUUACACGGCCUAGAUUAAAACUGGGUUAUACACUGUUGCAUUUAUCUCAUGCGUUAAGCAAACGACGUCCUGUGCUUCAAGCUUCUCCAGCUUGGAAUAAUCUUUCUAAAUCUAUAGAUAGUUUAAGCCUCAUGACAAGAGUAUUUGGACUUGCUUUGUCAGAACAAUGUGAUUAUUUGUUAACUGAAUUAAAAGAAAUUAAAGGUUCAGCAGUUGUUCAAUCUGCUGGAAUUGAUCCUGUUGCGGUUGAAAAGCUUAUCAAAAUAGUCGACACGUGUAAAACACGUCCUGAUGACUCACCUUUAAAUCGUGGAGAACCAGAACUACCAACUGUAUCGAGUGUCAAAGCUGUACAGAAUGAAUUAAUGCGUAUUCACGGUGAAUCAGACAAGUCAACUUCAUCAAACAUCUUCACUGUAAUUGAAGAUUUCGUCUACAAUGGUGUUAUCAAUAAUCCAGAUUGUAUGAAAAAAGAAAUUGAAGCCAUUAAAAAUUUAUACGGUAAAUUUAAUGAAGAACGUGAAAAAGAAUAUGCUGAAAAGAUGAAAGAAGAAACUCGUCAAAAACUUAUUAAAAGUGCUAAAGAAAAAUUGAGAGAAAUUUUAGACGAAGAGGAACGUGUCACCUACUUCCAAAAUACUGUGAAUAUAAAUCGUAGUGCAUGGUUAGCGCCGCGUACACGUAAAGAAUCGCAAUGGUCAAGGUUAAAAGAAUGGAGAAAAGAAGUUUCUUCUAUUAAAGAAAAACAAGAAAAUGAAGAAUCUUCUUCUUAG